GGUGCAAUAUGAGACGAAUAAACAAAUCAAAUAACACACAAGAACAGACGUUGGCAAAAUCGUCAUUUUGGUGAACGAUGGAGCCAUAACCAUAACACAAAAAAAAACCAACAUAACCUAACACAAAAAAAAAACCAACAUAACCCAACACAAGUGAAAUAAAUAAUUUUGCAUUUAUUUUUAGUUUUAAGUACCUAUACAAUACUUAUAAUGGAAGGUGAUGCCGAAUAUGAGAAGAAAUUAGCUGAAUUUAAGUCCAAAUUGAAGAGCUACCCUGAUUUCCCAAAAAAAGGAAUAUUAUUCUGGGAUAUUUUCUCAGCAAUUGCAGAUGGUCCUACAAGCAAGCUUCUCCAGAGUCUAUUAUUGCACGUUAUCCGAGAAAAGUUCCCGCAAGUAGAAGCUGUAGUCGGCUUGGAGAGCAGAGGGUUUCUCUUCUCUUUCUCACUGGCGGUGGAACUCGGCAUAGGAAGCAUACCAGUGAGGAAGAAAGGCAAGCUGCCCGGAGAAGUCAUUUCAUACAAGUAUGAUUUGGAAUAUGGGUCUGAUGUGCUUGAAAUCCAGAAGAACUCAAUCCGUCCCGGUCUGAAGUGCCUUAUCGUGGAUGAUCUGAUAGCCACAGGGGGCUCCAUCACGGCAGCCACAAAUCUUUUAAAGUCAUGUGGAGCCGAAGUAAUUGGCUGUUUGGUGGUGAUGGAGCUCAAAUCAUUGAACGGUCGCCGCAACAUUCCCGACAACAUACCAGUACAUUCCUUAGUUAUGUUUGAUUGAUAUACAUAUGUGCAACUAAUAGAGUGCUUAAUAGAAAAUUAAAUAAUAUGUGGCCGUCCAAAUCAAAAGGGACCUUAUGGCGCUCGGCACUUACGCCAUCUUUGCCGGUGUUUUGUAUUCGAACAACGGCAACAAAGACUUAAGUGCCAGCCAUAAGGUCCCUUUUGAUUUGGACGGCCACAUAUUAUACAGAGUUACUGGUAUCUAACGCAUAACCUUCCAAAGGCGCAUAAAGUACAUCACAUUGUCUAAACGUAAUAAAUACAAUAGUUUUCUUUUCUUUAGUUUUAAUGUCGUUUCUAUAAAACGUUCACUCUAUGUUCGAUUCCGCUACAUAACGCUACUGUACUGUCUCGUGUUGCUUGGCUAUUACAUAAGAGUUAAGAUGUGUAGAGUUGUAAAUGAGAUUAUUAGUAAAAUAGACUUAAAAAGUUGCUUGUUUUGAUGUACCCAAGUAGUCUUUAGGAGAUUUUGUGUUUGAUACCAGUAACCACAGGGUUACUGUAUACAGAUAGUCUAUCAAUAAAGAGAGAAAUCGGAUUUAUUUUUUUUGUUUGAUCAAGUUUAGUUGAUAAACCACCCAUUGGAAAGAGGACACAGAGCCAACAUUGAUAUUCAUAGAAAAAAUGUUGACUGGUAAAAUUUUGACAUUGGCAUAAUUUGGCUAAACUAUGAAGCCAUAAAAUUAAAAAGUGAAUUGAUUUGUAGUUAUUUUAGAUAGCGUAUUCAUUUGAUUCGAAUAUGACUUACUCAUAAGAAGUUCAUUUGUUAUUGUUAUACAGUCUUGUCUGUAAAGAGCAGAAAAUACAGGAGGCCCUUGUAUGCUGGCAAUACUGGGAUCUCCUCAACUAAUCUUGAUCAUUCGAUUUGUUAUUGCAAUGGAAAAAUAAUGAUUAAAAAAUAAUAAAAAAUAGUUUGUUCAAAAAUCCGUUAUCUACUUUUUAAAGACGUGUAGUUAGUAAAUACUGAUUUUAUAACUGGAGAGCAAGCGAAGUGUAUGUAAAUGCAAAUUGGAUAUAUGUAUGUGUAUAAUACUAUAUGUAAAUGUAAAAAUGUCUCUGUAUUCUUGUACAAGUACAAUAUUAUUAAAAUGUACAAUCGUAAAUUAUAUACCCUAUUUUGUUAAUUUUUCUUGUUAAUUUUAUAAGUAAUGAUAAGUUGACCGAGAAAUCUGUUCGCGGAAAUUACUCGAGAAUUUCCGAGAACGUUUCUUGACGUCAUAGUGCAAUCUCGAGAAUUCGAGAACGGCACAUCGUUAUUAAGUCAUAAAUUGUGAGAUUAAUUAAUGUAAAUUCCUCAGGUAAAUUCCGAUUAAUGUAAAAAAUAUAUUUAAAAAAAUACUCCAUAUUUUUAAGUACCUAUUCCAUAAUUUGCUCAAUUUUCAUACGUAAGAUACGUAUGAACGUCAACCAUAAUCCAUAGUGAAAUUCCUUAUACCUAAGCAAAAAGUUUAAAUAAAUGUUAUUGUAAUUUAAUUUGUUAUUUAAAUAUGUAAGUGGCAAUAUUUUUUACAAAUGAACCUAUUCCAGUUUGUUACAGUGAUUUACACUUUGUAAUUAAUAAAAUGCUUUUUAUAUCA